CCUAUUUUUGGAAACUAACUCUCAUCUUUUCCUCUUCAAAAGUCUUCUGAAGUACAGUAUCUGUUCCUUUUUCCCACUGAUCAACUCAAACAAGCAAGCCGAGUAAAUUGCUGCGAAAGGAAAGAGAAAGAAAAAAUUAAGAAGAUUUUCCCAAAUGGGUUUUCUCAGUUUUACGCUUCAGUUGAUCGAUUUCCUGGCUUGGCCGGUACUUGCUCUGGGCUAUCCUAUUUGUGCUUCAAUCCGAGCGAUUGAGACUGGCUCCAAGUAUCACAUGAGGAAGCUAGUCACAUAUUGGACCAUCUUUUCCUUUAUUUCUCUGUUCGAGCACCUAUUAGAGAAACUUAUUGAAUGGGUUCCUCUGUGGCCUUACAUAAAAUUAAUUACCAUGUGUUGGUUGGUAAUACCUGAGUUUAAUGGCGCAUGUUAUUUUUAUCAACAUCUUGUUCAUCCAUGUUUGCCAUUGAAACUGCGCAAUGUUAUUGCUCAAUUUUAUGGUUCUUGUUAUGUUUACCAAUGCUUUGCAUAUUUGUGCUCGUUUGUCAACCUUCAAACUUUCACUGGCUGGUUUAACAAGCCAAUGGAGGAUCCAUCUCUCAAGAAUGAAACAUUUCUACAGAGGUAUCUUGAGGAAAAUGGAUCUGAUGCUCUGGUGAAACUUAUCUCAAACAAGACAGAGUGUGAAGGGAUUGGUCCUGUUUGGGAGGAUAUCAAAGUGAUGGAGCACAUGGCAAAACAUGAAGUAGCUGAGCCCAAACAGGUUGAAGAUGUGAAGGAAAAUCAAAUUCAUGUUGAGAAGAAAACGAUAGGAAUGCAGAUCGAGGAAAUGGUAGUUCCAGCAGAUACUGAAGAGAUUAAACUUCCAGAGAUUACUUCUGUAAAGCAAGUUCAGACAGAGUGGACUUGUGCAGUAUGUCAAGUGACAACCACCUCAGAGCAUAACUUGAAAUCCCAUCUUAAUGGAAGGAAACAUAAGGCAAAGUGUAUGGCCAAAAGUGAAGGAAGCUCACCUGUUACAACAAAGUCAAAUCAGCUUAAUCAGGCGCAAGUAAAACAUGCAGCUGCACCACAGUCGGAGCGCAGCACUAAUGAAGCAGCUGACCCCAAACAGGUUAAAAGUGUGAAGGAAAAUCUAGUUCAGAUUGAGAAGAAAACAACAGGUGCGCAGAUCAAGGUAACAACGCUUCCAGCAGAUAAUACCAAAGAGAUUAAACUCCGGGAGACUAAUUCUUUAAAGAACGUUCAGAAAGAGUGGACAUGUGCAGUAUGUCAAGUAACAACCAAGUCAGAGCAUGACUUGAAGUGCCAUCUUCUAGGAAGGAAACAUAGGGAAAAGUGUGAAGAGCUGAAAACUUGCAAGAAAAAGGCCAAAACUGAAAGAAAUCCAUCUUCUGCUUCAAAUAAGCCAGACCAGCUUAAGCAGGAGCAAGUAAAACAUGCACGCUCAGCACAAAUAACACGUAGUACUAAUGAAAAGCCAAAAGAAAAGGUCCAACUAGGAGCUACUGGACAAUAUGAAAAGCAGAAACAAGUGAAGAAUGCUGUUGGUGUUACUCAUAGUUCUAAGCUGUGGUGUCGUUUUUGUAACGUUCGGUGCCCUGGCGAGAUUGAUAUGGCCGCCCAUCUUAAAGGGAGGAAGCACUUGGCAAAACUUCAAGAAACAAUGGUUUAGUUUAGGGGAUGUACUGUUGAAGCAUGCAACUUUGUUCAAUUAUUAAUACUGAAAUUUAGUUGCUUAAUCAAUGGGAAGGGAAAAAAAAGGAAAAGUUUAUGUCAAAAGGUGAGAUAUGAGAUAUCAUUAUGUGUAUAAUCAGUUGGUGGUGUGAGCAAUUAGAGCUUCUAACUUCAACUUGGCUUUUUGUUUCUUCAUGUAGCAAAAAAAUUUGUUCAGAAUUGAUAAGUUCUCUGA